AUGGCGAUCCAAUCGCCGAACACCUCGGUGACGUCACGAGGUGUCGAAGAAGCCGUUGAUGACGUGGCAGAAGACGUCGAGGCGGAUCUCGAGUUGGCAGUGGUAGAAGUGAUUGUGUUGGGACUGGAAGAUGUGCUGAAAAAGGAGAAGGAUUGGCAAAGCUCUAGGAAAAAGUUAGUCAGCUAUUCGAUUUGAUCGUUUCCAUCCAUGAUGACAGCUUUCAGAUGACGUGGAAAAGAUGCUGCAGAAGAAGAAGAAACUGCAAAAAAAGGUCAACGCCCCAGACCCCCUCGCUAUCAAAACUAACCUGAUUGAACUGAAAGUUGUUGGUGAAGUUGGAAGACUUGGCGCCAAGCCCUGA